GAUAGACAGGAAUGGUUCCUGACUGUACCAAAAAUGUCAUUAAAAAUAAAAAAGGCAACUGAUUGAAGAGAGUUGUCCUCCGAUUUCUUGCUUUGAGACAGCGUAACUGACUCUCUGAAAGUGCCUUGUGAGCUGAAAAGGAUCAGAAAUGAAGUUCAGGGCUGGGGCGGCAGGGAGUGACGGUAUCCGGUUGACAAUGGAGAGUGCUCUGACAGCCCGUGACCGUGUGGGGGUUCAGGAUUUCGUCCUGCUAGAGAACUUUACUAGCGAAGCAGCCUUCAUUGAAAACCUACGUAAACGAUUCAAGGAGAAUCUGAUCUAUACUUACAUUGGCUCAGUUCUGGUAUCAGUAAAUCCAUACAAGGAUCUGGAAAUCUACAGCAAACAACACAUGGAGCGAUACCGUGGCGUCAGUUUCUAUGAAGUCUCUCCUCACCUUUAUGCUAUUGCUGACAACUCAUACCGUUCCCUUCGCAUUGAGAGGAAGGAUCAGUGCAUCCUGAUAUCUGGGGAGAGCGGAGCUGGAAAAACUGAAGCCACCAAGAAAAUCCUGCAGUACUAUGCAGUGACAUGUCCAGCCAGUGACCAAGUUGAAACAGUGAAAGAUCGCCUCCUACAGUCCAAUCCGGUCUUAGAGGCAUUUGGAAAUGCAAAAACCCUUCGGAAUGAUAACUCCAGCCGAUUUGGGAAAUACAUGGAUGUGCAGUUUGAUUACAAGGGGGCACCUGUGGGGGGUCACAUCCUGAACUACCUACUGGAGAAAUCUCGGGUUGUCCAUCAGAAUCAUGGAGAGAGGAACUUUCACAUCUUCUACCAGCUGUUAGAGGGAGGGGAAGAUGACCUACUGCGGCGUCUGGGCCUUGAGAAGAAUCCCCAACAGUACCAUUAUCUAGUGAAGGGUCAGUGUGCGAGGGUCAGUUCCAUCAGUGAUAAAAAUGACUGGAAGGUUGUGCGAAGGGCCCUGUCAGUCAUUAACUUCAACGACAAUGAGAUAGAGGAUUUGCUGAGCAUUGUAGCUAGUGUGUUGCACCUAGGGAAUGUGCAGUUUGCUGCCGAUGAACAGGGCAAUGCUCAGGUGACCACAGAGAACCAGAUUAAAUAUCUGGCCAGGCUCCUGGGGGUUGAGGGCUCUGUGCUCCGGGAAGCACUGAUCCACAAGACGAUCAUAGCAAAAGGGGAAGAGUUGGUCAGUCCUCUGAAUCUGGAGCAAGCAGCCUAUGCACGGGAUGCUCUAGCCAAGGCAGUAUAUGGGCGCACCUUCUCCUGGCUAGUGAAUAAGAUUAACAAGUCUCUUGCCUACAAGGAGGCAGAAUGCCCAGGCUGGAGGAGUGCGACAGUUCUAGGGCUGCUUGACAUUUAUGGAUUUGAAGUUUUCCAGCACAAUAGCUUUGAGCAGUUUUGUAUUAAUUAUUGUAAUGAAAAACUGCAGCAGCUCUUCAUAGAACUCACACUAAAAUCAGAACAAGAGGAGUAUGAGUCAGAAGGCAUAGCGUGGGAACCUGUCCAGUAUUUCAAUAACAAAAUCAUUUGUGAUCUGGUGGAAGAGAAAUUCAAAGGCAUAAUUUCUAUUUUGGAUGAGGAGUGUCUGAGACCUGGGGAUGCCACAGACAUGACAUUUUUGGAGAAGCUGGAGGAAACGGUGAAGAAUCAUCCUCAUUUUCUCACACAUAAGCUGGCUGACCAGAAGACUCGGAAGUCUCUAGGGCGAGAAGAGUUCCGUCUCUUGCACUAUGCUGGAGAGGUCACCUACAGUGUCACAGGUUUUCUGGAUAAAAAUAAUGACCUUCUAUUUCGGAACCUGAAGGAGGCCAUGUGCAACUCGGAGAAUCCCAUCAUAAAUCACUGUUUUGAGAGGACUGAGUUGACAGAUAAAAAGAGACCUGAAACGGCAGCAACUCAGUUUAAGAACAGUCUGUCCAAACUAAUGGAAAUUCUGAUGUCCAAGGAGCCAUCAUACAUUCGCUGCAUUAAACCUAAUGAUGCUAAACAAGCUGGUCGGUUUGAUGAAGUUCUAAUCCGACAUCAAGUGAAGUACUUAGGACUGAUGGAGAAUGUCAGAGUGCGCAGAGCUGGUUUUGCUUAUCGCCGGAAAUAUGAAAUAUUCCUGCAGAGGUACAAAUCACUCUGUUCAGAAACGUGGCCCACAUGGGAAGGGAGGCCCCAUGAUGGAGUAGCUGUGCUUGUGAAACAUCUAGGCUACAAACAGGAAGAGUAUAAGAUGGGCCGAACAAAGAUUUUUAUUCGUUUUCCCAAGACUUUGUUUGCAACAGAAGAUGCUUUGGAGAUACGGAAGCAGAGUCUGGCCACAAAAAUACAGGCCACAUGGAGAGGCUUCUAUUGGCGACAGAAAUUCCUGCACAAGAAACAUUCAGCAAUAACUAUCCAGUCAUGGUGGCGUGGAACCCAGGGGCGCCGAAUAGCCACCAAGAAAAAGUGGGCAGUGGAGACAAUUAGACGGUUUAUUAAAGGUUUUAUUUACCGGAACUACCCUCGCUGCUCAGAGAAUGAAUACUUCCUAGAUUACAUUCGCUACUCCUUCUUGAUGAACCUCAAACGCAAUUUACCAAAGAAUGUUUUGGACAAAUCAUGGCCAACUCCCCCUCCAUCACUCUGCGAGGUAUCUCAGCUCUUGAGACAACUGUGUAUGCAAAACAUGGUGUGGAGCUACUGCAAGAGAAUCAGCCCAGAAUGGAAACAGCAGUUAGAUCAGAAAGUGGUUGCAAGUGAGAUGUUUAAGGGCAAAAAAGACAAUUAUCCUCAGAGUGUUCCCAGACUCUUCAUCAACACUCGACUUGGCACCGAAGAGAUAAACCCUAAAGUCCUUCAGGUUUUAGGCAAUGAAACAAUCAAGUAUGCAGUUCCUGUGGUCAAGUAUGACCGGAAAGGAUACAAGGCAAGAGUGCGGCAGCUACUUCUCACUCAGAAUGCCAUCUUCAUAGUUGAAGAAGCCAAAAUCAAACAACGAAUUGAUUAUGCCAAUCUGACAGGAAUCUCAGUCAGCAGCUUGAGUGACAGUUUGUUUGUACUUCAUGUGAGCUGUGAGGAUAACAAACAGAAGGGAGAUGUUGUACUACAAAGUGAUCAUGUCAUUGAGACACUAACCAAAACUGCCAUGAGUGCUGACAAAAUCAAUAAUGUCAACAUCAGUCAAGGCAGCAUAAAAUUUACAAUUGGGCAAGGCAAAGAAGGAAUAAUUGACUUUACUUCAGGAUCUGAACUGCUCAUAGCCAAAGCCAAAAAUGGCCACCUUGCUGUGGUUGCUCCUCGUUUGAAUUCUCGAUGAUAAAAUUUGUCAGCAGGAAAGGAUCUGUUCCUCCAUCACUCUGGAUUGCCUUUUGUACCAGUGGUUGAAAGUACUUCCCUGCAGAUUUUUUUUUUUUUUUGCUGCUUUGCUCAUUUCCUUAAUAGUUACCAAAGAACUGCACUUCCACAAAACACAGUGAAAACGAGAAUGUUAUCUGAAACUACCAAAAAAAAAA